AGGAGUCUCAGUUUACAUCAACCCCUUAACACCUGCAAUGGCGAUGGCACUGCCGGCUGCUUCAAAUCAGGUCCUGAUCUUCUCAUGCGCAAGUUGCAGCAGCAGUGGAUCUCCUGGUGCUUACUUGGCCACCAGUUGUUCUAUUUCUCAGGGCUUUCCGGGCUUCACGAAGACAAGUGGCGUCGACCCGGAAGUUGAUGCCAAUGGUGCUGUGAAUACAGAGAGUGCUUUCCUCCAACAAAGCGGCAGUUAUUGGACAAUAACGCUUGACACAAGCCUCUUGACCCAGGGAUCUUAUUAUGUGCUUUGCGCCGACAUGGAUGGUGGCCCCACAUCUGGUCAACCUGACAGCAACCCUUUGAAGAUCGGAGAGACAGUUGAAGUUUACAUCACCUCGAUUCAAAGCUUGCAGACUGAUGUCAUCCUUGCCGCUCUAAAUCAGCACAUCAGUUUCACUUGCCAGAGCUGUGAUGCCACCACUGAGAUGUAUUUGGCAGAUGCUUGCGACACCUCUGCUUACGGAUCCGUUGUGGCCAUCACGGGAUCGAGGACAGCCUCGGUGGCAAUUGAAAGUGGUGUUUUUCCGGCGUGGGAGGUGGUUCUUGAUGCAUCCACAUUAGCCGGCGGCCGGGACUAUCGACUUUGUGUGGAUCAGGAUGGCAACAAGACUGUCCAACGUGGUGGUGAUGCUCAACUCUCUGUUACUGUGAGUGGUCUUCUCUUUGUCUCUGAAUCAUCAGUCCUGCCAGGGCCAUCACAGGUGCUAAGUUUGCAAUGCUCUGCCCUUGGGGGCUGCACUUCUGGUACCUCAAAGCUGUAUUUGGCCAAGAGCUGUGACACCACCAUCAGCACAGGCAUUGUGUCCGCCAGCGGUGAGGAUUAUUCUUCAAGUUUUGUGAUGACUGGAAGUGGCACCAACUUUUUUGCCACUGUGAAUACCUCUCGCUUGCAGCCCGGGCGGCACUACAAAGUAUGUGCAGACAUCGAUGGCGUUGGCGAUCUUCGCAUGGUCGACAGCCUUCAGGAGGUGUACAUCUCGCCGGUAUUUGCCGGACAUCCAAAACUUGAGGGCCCAUGGCCAAGUGUACUGCGUGCAAGUGGACAGGCUCUGAGCUUCAACUGCCCAUCUUGCUCAAAUGUCUCAGAAGGUUGGCUCGGUGAGGACUGUGGCAAUGCCACCGACCCAAACAUCCUGCGCACACCGUCCUUCAGCUUGCAAGGAGAAGGAUCCUCUUGGGUGCUUCCAAUCGAUGCAACACCUUUGACAAGUGGUGAAAGCUAUUAUCUUUGCUUGGACCUGGACGGUGAUGGAGUCGAUCUUCGCCCUGGGAACGCCUUAAGCACUUUGAUCUACGUCAGUGCUGUGAAUUCAGUGCAGCCAGCUUUUGUCGAUGGGGCGAGCGGCCAGACGGUUCAUGUAGGUUGUCUAGAAGGC